AUGGCUGACUCGACUUCGGAGGGAACGGCGACGCAGCAGUUAGUCACUGCGAUCGUCAGUAACUUGACGCUCUUUGGUAUCUUUAUGACCAUUUUUUUGGUUUUAAGAAUCAAGCUGAAGAGAAUGUACGAACCAAAAUCCUCAUUUGACCUGAUCAAUGAUGAGAAGAAGCCUGAACCUUUACCAAAAGGUCUUUGGCAAUGGUUCUUGCCUUUACUGAAGAAAUCUGAUAAUUUCAUAUUGCAGCAGGCUGGUUUGGACGGGUAUUUUUUUUUACGGUAUCUGUUCAUCAUUUGUGCAUACUGUGUUUUGUCUAUGACUUACAUUUUCCCAAUCCUAUUUGCUGUCAAUGCCAGUAACGGUAAUCAUCAGGAUGGUGUUGAUCAAUUGGCUUUUCAAAAUGUUAAGCAUCCCGGUCGUUACUAUGCGCAUAUUUUCUGCGGCUGGGUUUUUUAUUGGAUGUUCAUGUUUGUCAUUUACAGAGAGCUUACCUAUUACAAUUCCCUCAGAGAGGUCGUUUUGUCUUCACCUCGUUAUGGUAAAAAACUGUCUUCAAGAACGGUGCUUUUCCAAACAGUGCCUGAGCAGUAUUUGAGUGAACAUGAAUUUGCUAAGCUUUUCGAUGGUGUCAAGAGAGUUUGGAUUACAAGAGGUGGUCACAAUGAAUUGGCAAAAAAAGUCGAGACAAGGGACGCCAUGGUUGCAAAGUUAGAGAAUGCAUUGAGCUCGUACAUUAGAAAUGCUGUGGGAAAGAUUAAGAAGAUUAAGAAGAAGGACCCAGACGCUGAGAUCUCCUCGGAUAUCACUCAGUAUGUGGCAGACAAGAAAAGACCAACACAUAAAUUGAAGCCAAUCAUCGGUGAAAAGGUCGAUACCAUUUCAUACCUUAAAGAAAAGAUCCCAGAGAUUGACAAGGAAGUCAAACUUUUACAAGCAAACUAUAUCAACGGUUCCCCUUUCAAUUCAGUGUUCGUCGAAUUUGAAUCCCAAUAUCAGGCCCAAGUUGCAUUGCAGACAGUUACCCAUCAUUCUCCAUUAUCUAUGAGGCCUUCUACCUUGGGGAUCGAACCAGGACAUAUCAUAUGGCUCAACAUGCGUAUGUUCUGGUUCGAGAGAAUCGGUAGAAAUGUGAUGGCUGUUGCCGCCAUUGCCGCAUUGUGUUGUUUCUGGGCAAUCCCUGUGGCCUUUGUUGGUAUGGUCUCAAGUAUUACCUAUUUGACUAACAAGCUCCCUUGGCUCAAAUUUAUUUAUAAAUUGCCUGAUCCGCUGCUUGGUCUACUUACGUCCUUGUCACCAACAAUUGCAUUGGCAUGGUUAAUGUCGUUUCUGCCCACUUUUAUAAGGCUGAUGGCAAGACUAAACGGAGCUUCAUCUCUAGAGGCCGUGGAGUAUUUUACACAGCAGGCUUUCUUCGCAUUCCAAAUUAUUCAAGUUUUCUUCGUCACCACUUUGUCAUCUGCCAUCACAUCAACGGCUACACAAAUUGCAGAGCAACCUACUAAAGCCAUGUCACUCUUGGCUUCCAAUUUGCCAAAAUCCUCGAAUUUCUUCAUCUCAUACAUUCUUUUGACUGGUAUGUCAGUAUCAUCAGGUUCAUUGGCUCAAGUUAUUCCUCUAUUUUUCCAUUACGUCUUCGGAUACUUGCUUGAUAAGACUCCAAGGAAGAUGUGGAAUCGUUUCACUGACCUGGAUGCUCCUGGAUGGGGAACAGUUUUUCCAGUUUACACCAAUCUGGCAGUCAUUGUCUUUUCAUAUGCAAUCAUCUCGCCUAUAAUCUUACUCUUUGCUGCGGUUGGUUUCUUCCUGCUUUACUUCGCUUACCUUUACAUCUUGACCUACAUUCAAAAGGAGGCACCAGAUAUGAGAGGAAUGUGCUACCCUAGAGCCUUGUUCCAAACAAUCGUGGGUAUCUACAUUGGACAAGUCUGUCUACUUGGGUUGUUUGCAGUCGGCACAGGUUGGGGCCCUAUUGUUCUGCAAGUUGUUGCUUUAGUGGUCACAGUUUUCGUUCACCUGAAUCUAAACAAAGCUUUUGACCAUUUGAUGAAAUAUGUUCCCGUAGAUUCUAUGAAGCCAUUAGAUGGUAAAUCGGAUACGCCUUCCUUCAAGAAUAUUUAUGGCGAUACAAUGGAAGAAGAUGAUAUUAAGGAGUUACCUCAAUUCCCAAUCAAAAAGUUUGAGCCUAGAAACUCUGCGCGUCUCAAUUCUGAUAAAAUGUCAAGCUUGCUAAGUGAACAAACUAUUGAGUACAACAACAACGUGAAGUAUAAUGAGGCCUCCGAAAAUACUAUCACAUGGGUCCCGUUGUUGGCAGAUGGAACAAGACAAACUCUUCCUCAUGCACCCUUCUAUAAGAGGUUUUUUCUACCUCACAUUUACUGCUCUUUUCAGGCCGUGAAAGCCAAAUUGCCAGAGAUAUAUGGUCUUCCAAAUCCAGAUGAGUUGACAUCCGAGGAUGAUAUUGCUAACGCCUACGAUUAUCCUUACGUGCAUGCCCCAUGUCCCAAUAUCUGGUUGGCCAGAGAUCCUUACGGAUUCUCCACUUAUCAAGUAAAAGAAUUAAACUCAGUCGUUGAAAUCUCUGAUGCAAACGCCGUCAUUAACGAAGAAGGUCAAAUUGGAUGGUAUAUUGGUCCCCCAACAGGUGAAGAACCUGUAGAUGAAUCGAAGGAUUCUAAAGACCCAUUCGCCGAUAAUCAGGCAACAUAA